UUUCAUUUAAAAUAGCUGUCAUCGAAAUGAAAAUUUCAAAUUUCGCGCUUUUACCAGCUUAAAAUCGUCGGAACUCCAAGCGGGUUACCGUCGAACUACAGUAGUGUCAAGUUUUUUCGGUCGUGUGAUAUGCUCAAGGUGUGACUUUAGCGUGUAUUUCAAUCAUAUUGGUAUAAUAAAUCAAAAUAAACCGAUGGUGACGAAACUAUAAAGACUUCUGGGACUGCUAUUGAUGGAUCCUUCGCUAUCCUGGUUUCAACCGGAACAAGAGGGACCCGCCAAGCUUCUGUGGCUUCGCAUUUGGCAGACUCAACAAGAAUUCGAUAAUAUGAAUUUAAAAGAGGGUGACAGUGAAGUGGAAACAUUCACGAACGGAUUUACGACGCAUAACGCCAACAUAAUGAACGGCAAGUCAGAUAAAGGCCCCAUUAUGGCAAGCAGAAGGCGGAAAGAUGCCAGGUCCACAACUCGGGUGGCGUCCCGAAAAUUGGAGCAUAAUCAUGGUGGAUGUCCUUGGAGACCUGUAGAUUUUCCAUAUCAGAGGGGCAUUAUGGGUUUGCACCAAGAAAUUGAGCAUUUCUACCAUUAUAUGAGUCCAACGGAAGCAGAACAUCAGAUCAGAGCAGAAGUUGUCCAACGUAUAGAAAAAAUCAUCACUUCAAAAUGGAACGAAGCGAAGGUCGAAAUUUUUGGAUCAUAUCGCACCGGCCUCUACUUACCUACUAGCGAUAUAGAUCUGGUUGUAAUAGGUAAAUGGUCGAACUUGCCCCUGCGCACUCUUGAACAGGAAUUUUUAGAAAAAGACAUAGCUGUCCAUGACAGCAUAAAAGUUUUAGACAAAGCGUCUGUUCCCAUCGUGAAGUUGACUGACAAAAAGACGGACAUCAAAGUGGACAUUUCCUUCAACAUGUCGAACGGAGUCAAAUCUGCUGAACUGAUAAAGACGUACGUUGAAAGGUUCCCUGUCUUACCGAAACUCGUCUACGUCCUAAAACAAUUCCUGCUCGAACGUGACUUGAACGAAGUCUUCACGGGAGGCAUCUCGAGCUACAGCUUGAUUCUCAUGUGCAUCAGCUUUUUGCAACUGCAUCCGAGACAAGAGAGCAUCCGUACUAACAAUGCCAACUUGGGGGUCUUGCUGAUAGAGUUUUUCGAGUUGUACGGUAAGAAGUUCAACUACAUGAAGACUGGUAUUAGGAUACGAGACGGUGGACGGUAUCUGGAUAAGGACGAAAUGCAGAGGGAGAUGGUUGAUGGGCACAGGCCUAGCAUGCUAUGCAUCGAGGAUCCACUACAGCCUUCAAACGAUAUCGGCAGGAGUAGUUACGGAGUGCUUCAGGUCAAAAGGGCAUUCGAGUAUGCCUAUAUUGUCUUGACAAGCGUAAUGCAUCCCACAUUAAUGUACAGCAACUGUGCAUACUCAACCAUCCUCGGCAGGAUAAUUCGGGUGAGAGAGAAUGUAAUCCAGCAAAGGCUAAAGGUGGAGGAAACGAUAAGGCAAAGGCCGUCGAGGUCCUCCAGCAUCGGAUCUACCGGGUCCAGCGCAGAGGACAGUGGAGGUAGCUCAGAGGGCUCUGACCUACCCUCAAGAGACAACUCCCCCAACGUCAACUACAUCCCUACGCGGCAGGCCCCCCAAAAAAUCAGGAAUAUGACUUGGCGCAGCAGCAGUAAAGGCGGGUUCCGGAACAACAACAACAACAAUCACCACCACGCCAACAGUAACCACAACAAUCACAAUAGCAAUAGCCACGGAAAUCACAACUCCUACAACAGCAUGAAACGCAGGAAACCAACGAAGCAAUAACGUUUCGAGUCAGCUGACAAGGAAGGAUAUUAGGCAGUUGGUUUUCGGCAGGUUCGUUUUCCACGGCUAUUUUUUUGCGAAUGUCUAGAGUGUUUAGCGUUUUGUUUGUCGAUAUCGAGGAGUAUUCAUGACGAAAAAAAAAAAAGAGUCCUCAGAGCGAUUCACACGAGUGAUUUGAGGGAUUUUUGAAAUUUUUUCAGUAUCCGUCUGCGAGUCAACGAUACGAAGAACUACCAUUGGCAAAUUUUUGUUUUGUAACAGGGUGGCGUGUCGGACCAAAAAAAUAUGCAUAUAUUUUAAUAUUAGUUUGAAAGAAAUUAUCGGUAAUUCAUGAGUAGUGAAUUAAAAAACAAAAAAAAUAAAAAAGUUUGAAAAUUCGACACGCCACGCAUCUUUUAGAAUGUUAUUGAUUCUAUUUUAUACCGGUUUGAUAUUUAUAGGUUAUACUUUGACCGUAAGGACACAAAAUGAAGAAACAUAAAAAAAAAAUUGAAAUUUGACAAUAUAUACCAUACAAAAAUUACCUAUUUGAAUAUUUUUUUUGCCAUUGUAUUCAUUUGAUAUUUUUUUCACGGAGGAAGGAAAUCGUUUUUUUCAAGAAAUUUCGAAGGGCGACCGACAUAUAUAAAUCUACGAAGUAAUGGCGGUGAAUUUUGUUAAGAUAUGAGAUAGAGGUGGGGCUCCACUGUAAAGUAUUCGAUCCUAAGCCAUUGUAAAUUAAUAUAAGGGAAAAACUGAAAUGUAAAAAAAAAUCCAAAAAUGUAAUGAAAAUCAAUGCUAUGAAAUUUAUAAAACGCAAAAAAAAUAACUAAAAUUCGAAAAUAGAAACUGGUUAUCAAUAAGCAGAAAAAAAAAAUGAAAUUGUGUGUUUCAGAAUUACUAUAUAUUCCAUCUAACGUGGAAUUGAAAGCUUGGUUGCGGCUGAAUCAAAACGUCUUUCCAAAAAAUGAUUUAUUCAGUUAUAGCGACGUUGAAAAAUUGUUUCUCAUUUGUCAGGUACAGUUCACUAGAAAAAAUAGGUUUUUUUAAACGAAAACAAUUGGUUUUUCAAAGCUAGGUACAUGUCAAAUAAACUAAUCUUCAAAAUGUUAUUCGGCAUUAGUAUCAUUAAAAAAAUUCAGUUAUAAUACUGAAUAGUGUAGGCAAUUUACAGCUAUUUUUUUUUUUUUUUCAAAAUAAAUCAAGUUUACUGAUGUUUCUCUUUUUCUGUUCUUGGAUAAGUAGUCAUUUAAGAUGACGAUACAUUUUUAAUAUUUUUGUUCAAUUAUAGUGAUGAAAUAACUUUUUCCAGUUAUAGUGAUGUUGGAAAAGGGGUCACAUUAAUUUGUUUUUGUAUAACAAGCCUUUAUCAAUGCUUCAGUCUGGAAUUUUACACUAGAAAUAAUUUAUCGAAACUUGAGGUUUUGCCAGUUACAGUGACAUUAAUUACUCUCUCAUCUGAGUUAUAGUGGCUCCAAUAAACUCUUUCCAGUUAUAAUAUCUCUCAAAAUAGGUUUUAGCUACAAGAUCCCAUUGAAUUAAGUUUCUUUUUAUAGGAAGUUCCUGCUUCAGUGGCAGAAAAACGUUAAAAAUCAUUCAUUCACACUGAAAAUUUUGUUAUAGCGACAUUAAUAACUUUCUUUUCUUCGUUAUAGUAGCUUCAAUAAUUUUUUCCGGUUACAUCACUUGAAACAGGUUAUAGUUACAGGGCCCCAAAAAAUAAAGUUUCUUUCCAUAGCGAGUUCUUGCCUUAGUGGCAAAUUAUAUGUUUAAAUUCAUUGAUUCGAACAGAACAUUUUAUUAUUGUGGCAAUGAUAACGUCUUGUCUCGUGAUACACUUUCACAAAAUUUAUGAAUUUUUUAUUCAAAUCGCAACUUUUGAUACCUUCAAAUUGAAAUUGUAAGGGACAUAUCACUAUAAAUUAAUCGUGGAUUUCAAAAGCGGUUUGAAAUUUUAAAAUGUAUUCGAGUGGACUGUAACUGAUACAAUAGAAAUUAUUUUAAAAAGAAAUUGCUUUCAAUUUCACCCCCAAUUCUAGGAUAAACCUUUGAACGAAACUAUGAAAAAUAACCAUUCUUUACCCAUAAACCUAGUGAUAUACCGUAGAUUUUUAUAUGAUCGGUUCUGCCCUUAUUGAUCCACACUAAAAAACCUCGACAACAAUGGCUUUUUUUUAACAAGUGCCUC